AUGCGAUUAUCCGCCAGACAUGAUUACUGCAUAAAUCGUUUUGCUGUAAUACCAUCUGCACAACAACCCAAAAUUCGCGUCACUGCACUCGCCAUGUCUUCUUCUGCUAAACAAGAUAAGCAAGAUUCAUCUAUUAAAAGGGUAGCUGUGAUUGGAGCUGGUGUUAGUGGGCUCUCUGCAGCAUAUAAGCUAAAGUUGAAUGGAUUAGAUGUCACUGUAUUUGAAGCUGAUGGGAGAACUGGAGGAAAGUUGAGAAGCAUUUUACAUGAUGGUUUAAUAUGGGACGAGGGGGCAAACACUAUGACUGAAAGCGAGGCAGCUGUUGGACUUUUACUUGAUAAUCUUGGACUUCGGCGCAAACAACAGUUUCCACUUUCACAGCAGAAACGUUAUAUAGCCAAAAACGGGGUGCCAGUUCUUCUACCAUCAAAUCCGAUUGCACUUGUCACAAGUAAUUUGCUUUCUGCAUGGUCAAAGCUUCAAAUUUUAUCGGAACCAUUUUCUUGGAAGAAUACUGAUGCGCCGAAGCAACCUGACACAAAGGAAAGUGUUGGUGCUUUCUUUCAACGUCAUUUUGGAAAAGAGGUUGUUGACUAUCUUAUUGAUCCUUUUGUGGCUGGAACUAAUGGCGGAGAUCCUGAAUCUCUUUCUAUGCGCCAUGUGUUUCCAGAGUUGUGGAAUCUUGAAAAAAGGUUUGGCUCAAUCAUAGCUGGUGCUAUUCAGUCUAAGUUUUCUGACAGGAAAGGAACAAGUGGUGGCUCUUCGCCAAAGAAGAAACAUAAGCGUGGUUCAUUUUCUUUUGUAGGCGGGAUGCAGACACUCACUGAUGCACUGUCCAAUGAACUUGGUAAGGAUGAACUUACAGUUCGUUCUAGGGUGCUGGAGUUAUCUUGUUGUGACAGCAAGAAUUCUCCAUUAAAUAAGUGGUCAGUUUGUUAUGAAUUGGAUGGCAUAAAACGUACCUGCGAGAAGUCCUUUGAUGCUCUAAUAGUUACAGCCCCCCUUUCUAAUGUUAAAGAAAUGAAGAUUACAAGACGAGAAAGCCCAUUUCUCUUGGACUUCAUUCCGGAGGUUAGUUACUUACCCAUGUCUGUUGUCGUCACCACAUUUAAGCGUGAGAACGUGAAGCGACCGCUUGAAGGUUUCGGAGUUCUUGUACCUUCAAAAGAGCAACAAAAUGGUCUGAAGACUUUGGGCACGCUAUUCUCUUCAAUGAUGUUCCCAGAUCGUGCACCUGCUGAUCUUUAUCUCUACACCACAUUUGUUGGUGGAAGUAGAAAUCAAGAACUUGCCAAAGCUUCGAGGGAUGAAUUGAAGCAAAUAGUGACUUCUGAUCUCAGACAGCUAUUGGGUGCAGAAGGAGAACCUACCUUUAUGAAUCACUUCUAUUGGAGUAAAGCAUUUCCAUUGUAUGGUCAUAACUAUGACUCUGUCAUUCAAGCUAUUGACAAGAUGGAAAGAGGCCUUCCAGGGUUUUUCUAUGCUGGCAACCACAAGGGAGGAUUGUCUGUUGGCAAAGCAAUAACAAGUGGGUGCCAAGCAGCAGAUCUUGUGAUGUCAUAUCUGAACUCCACUUCUGAUGCUAAGGGGAACUUCUCAUGA